AUGAAUCCACAACCGUCGCGGGAUCCCAUCUGCUACUGGUUCUUACUCGAUUCCAACCUCCGGAUCUGCUACACCAGCCCGUCGUUCAACAACGCCGUCAAUCAGUAUCAAGACAUUAUCGGCAAGAGCUUUCUCGACUAUCUCCACACUCCCAGUGGUGACAUCCUCGCCAUUCGCCUCCACGACUGUCUCGCAGAUGACACCGACCAGGCUGCAGUCCUCACAAUCAACUAUGCAAGCGUCUCCAUCAUUCGCCACCACCUCAAUACCGGCCAGUUCAUCGAGGAUCCGCCAAACUACUCGUUCAUUCAGUAUCAACUCGUGGUGAAUAGAGCAGCUGGCUUUCUCCUAGUCUUCUUGCAUGUCAAAGCCGACUUUCUCAGGGACUGCGACUUCCAUCUCUACGAGGCGCUGAAACCUGGCGACCUCUCGAGCGUAGUGCACUAUUUGCCGCCCCUGAACCCAAGUCCUCCUUAUCAUGUCUUUCAGAUCCUGCUUAAUGAUGACCGUCGCUCCAUCAUCUUCUCCACCACGACCACCAUUGCCGGUCGGCUCACCGUUGUCCCCGCACAUCUCGCUGCCAGCACCCAAAGCCUCAAGGGUAUCGCCAACAAUCAGUGCCAGACAUCCUGCACGAAUAGGACAAAGGGUUUCUUCUUCACCACCUCGCUUGAGGGCGAGCUCCUCCAGGUGGACUGCUCCUACCUUAAGCACGGCAACGCGCUCUUGGUCAUGUACCGGCUGGUGCCCACCACGGUGUCCGCAGAACUCGCGCAGCCGACUGCGUCUCCCGACGUGCAGAGGUACAAUCAUCAGCCUAUAACGCCGAUCCAGUAUCACCCGCACAACCCUGGAGGCUACAGGAGGCCCUCCGGUGCGUCUGAUGGCUACUCGCAGACAAGCCCAAUUCAGCAUCAGCAACCUGUCAUCUCCCCAGCGGGCUCUCAUCAUCCAUAUUCAUCGCCCUACAGCCCCGGUGUGUCGCCGAUGGGUCGCAUGUCGCCGUACGAGACCAGUUACCCACCUCAAUCACCAGACGGCUCCUCACGCUUGUCCCCGCACUCGCCCAGGUCCAUUCGACACGCCCAGGGAGGUAUGCCGAUUCGAAGGCACUCACUUGCGGGUCACAGUUCUGCCCCCGUCAUGGGCUACGGAAACAUGUCCCCCCGGAUGGGAUCGCUCGACGAGCAUCGGGCAGUCAACAACAACACGGAUGGACAGUUACUUGCACAGACACAUUCGCCGACCGAAUCUACAUUCAUCAUGGAACCAGGCCACGGAUCAUCGUCGUCUUAUUCCGAACCGGCUGACCUCGCUGGUAACGCGCUUCGCGGACGGCCCGCAAAGGAACCUCCAAAGGGCGUUACAUGCUGCCGGAGUUGCCACACGACGUCGACGCCAGAGUGGCGCAAGGGGCCUACAGGCAUCAAGGACAUGUGCAACGCGUGUGGGCUGCGCUGGAACCGACGCCUCAAGAAGAUGAAAGGCGACGGGCCCAGUGGCGGCGACAAUAUGUUGGAAUCGCUCAAUUUGACUGUUCCCGAGGCCGAAGCGAUGCUCGAGCCUCAGCGGUCGGGCGGUGGGAGUAAAAAGGGCCAUCGCAAGAAAUCGACAGAAUCCCGUACGCCGGCGCUUACGACCAAACCUGCAAAACGCAGGCACUCUGAUGUCGGUUCACCGCUCUCAGGUCGAUCGGAACACGUGCCCCCCUCUCCAGAUUUUUUGUCUCUGCAACAACGAAGCCACCCGCAUAAUCCGCACUAUCACCACCAUCAACAGCAGAAUCAUAAUAUUGCGGGCGGUAGUUCUCAACCUCGGCUUUCUCCCCUCUUUGAUGGUCCAGCGUCGUUCCCACCACAGACGCCACUUGGCAUACAUACGUCGGCCCAAAACGGGGGGUUCCCGCCUCCUUCCCAUCCUCCUCCUCCGGCCGCCCACCAUAAUGGACACCACCUCAAGGAUCCAUCGACCCCAGAGUCGUCACACUUUUACAAUAGCACGGCGACUAGCAGCAACGGUGGGGGCGGGGCCGGCGGAGGACUGGGCGUGCCGCUUACGCCACAAGAACAUAAGCCUUUCAUUGGGCAUUAUGACUCGUCAAGACCCAUGAGCGACCAUGGACAUGGCCAGCACCAUCGUGGACCUGCCACUGUCCCACCGCCACAGGGCGAUCAUAGCCAACUCCCCAUGCCUGGUGUACAUUAUCAAGCCUAUCCGGACCACCACAAUCACCACCCAGACGUCUACGACCACACCAAGCAUCACUCUCGCGGUCCAGAGUGA